AUGGCGUCUGCCGGGCCGGUCAAAGGCACGAAUCGAGGUUACGCGACGAGGUCGUACUUCACGUCGCGGGGUGGCGACGCCCAUGGGUCCGCUUUCAGGUCUGCGGUGCUCUCAGCCGAAACAGCCUCGGACCAGACCUUCCAGCCAUGGAUUCACCAAGCCUCGCGCACAGGCUCGGGAACAGGUCCUCGAAAGGAGCAGAGCAACGGGAAGGGAAGCGAAGCUUCCGGAACAGCAUCAGCAGCUUCUGAUGAUGAAGAUGCUCGCGCUCGUGCUGACAUCAGCAAAACGGCUAACAUCAUCACGGAACGAGUGGACGGGAAGCUCUACACGGUGAAGCUGAGAUCUCUCUACUCCGCCUUCUGUCCACGUGGCAUGCUGAUAAUGGCUGCGCUUAGAAGAGCAUGGGGUGCUGGGCGGAUUGCUGCCGGGACGGCAUGGCUGUCGCUUAGGGUGGUGAGUGGGGUUGGUGCAUUUGGGUGGAGUGUGAGACGUAUCAAGAACAAGAUUGCAGCGUUGCGGAAUAUGGGUGCUGGGCGGAUUGCUGCAUGCACAAUGCAGCUGUCGCUGAGAGAGGUGAGUGGGACUGGCGCGCUUGGGAGGUUAGUUGGCUCGGUGCAUUCGGGUGGGUCCACAGGGGUGGGUCCACAGGGGUGGGUCCACGUGGGUGGGUCCACGUGGGUGGGUCCACAUGGGUGGGUCCACAGGGGUGGGUCCACAGGGGUGGGUCCACGUGGGUGGGUCCACGUGGGUGGGUCCACAUGGCACUUCCACAUUGGAGCACUUCCACAUUGGAGCACUUCCACAUUGGAGCACUUCCACAUUGGAGCACUUCCACAUUGGAGCACUUCCACAUUGGAGCACUUCCACAUUGGAGCACUUCCACAUUGGAGCACUUCCACAUUGGAGCACUUCCACAUUGGAGCACUUCCACAUUGGAGCACUUCCACAUUGGAGCACUUCCACAUUGGAGCACUUCCACAUUGGAGCACUUCCACAUUGGAGCACUUCCACAUUGGAGCACUUCCACAUUGGAGCACUUCCACAUUGGAGCACUUCCACAUUGGAGCACUUCCACAUUGGAGCACUUCCACAUUGGAGCACUUCAGUGAUCAGGGCACUCUCUUCCCCAUGCAGAUGCUUUUGAGUCGACUCAAAAUCAGUGAUCAGGGCACUCUCUCCUCCAUGCAGAUGCCUAUGGUCAUGGUAUCAGUGCGCAGGGCGCUGGAGCACUCCCACAUUGCCAAACAGAAAUUUCCUGUCUUGACCCUCCUCGCUCCCCCCCUCUCUCCCCCCCUCUCUCCCCCCCUCUCUCUCCCCCUCUCUCCCCCCCUCUCUCCCCCCCUCUCUCCUGCAUCAGAUGGCGGUGAUAUCAAUGGCGGUGAUUUCAGUGCACAGGGCGCUGGAGCACUUUUAUUGCGCAGGGCGCUGGAGCACUUUUAUCUUGUCAAUAAGAAUUUCCCAUCUUAUCCCACCUUUCCCCUCCCCACCCCUUCUCUCCCCAUCUCCCCCAUUCAGAUGGCCGUGAUAUCAGUGCGCAGGGCGCUGGAGCACUUUUAUCUUGCUCGAACCGUGUCUGCCCGCUGGCUGUGGAAGCUGACCAAGGAUCCCACCCAGUCAGCCAUUCGCAAGGUGGGCAGGGGUCUCACAGGCUCCCCUCUAAUCAAAUCCGUUACAAUCACCAACGUCAGAGCACACUUCCUGAGCCCACUAUCCAGUGUAGCAGUGCAGCUUAUAACGGAUACCUUCACCGCCUUCCACCGCCUACUCUUCCCACCACCACCACCACAAGCGGGUCAGGGGCUCGCUAUAAGCCCUGUGAGGGCCACAGGAGUGCAGAUCGUGUGGCUAGUAAAGCGAACGCUGAGCUAUUCUCUCAAGCUCGUGUUCUCUACCGCCUCUGGAGCGCUGCUGUCGGCCGUGUGUGUGCGAUACGUGGGGCCGUGGACCACAAGCUAUGCCUACAUCCUGGGAGACAUGCUUGUCUACCAGACUGCCUCGACUCUCAUCGACCCUCUGCUUUUUUCUGCCACCACUUAG